AUGACUGCUCCUGACGCUGCGCAGCCGCGCAAGAAGCUUAUUCUAAAUGCUUUUGUUGAGAUGUGCAGUGGGCAUCAAUCCCCCGGUCUGUGGCGUCACCCUGAGGAUGAAUCGCACCGUUUCAACGAUAUCGACCACUGGGUUGAAUUAGCCAAAUUGUUAGAGUCUGCGAAGUUUCAUGGUAUCUUUAUCGCGGAUGUACUGGGUGGCUACGACGUCUACAAGGGCCCCAGGAAUCUCGAUCCGGCGAUUAUCUCGGGCGCACAAUGGCCUGUCAACGAACCUCUUGCCGUCGUUCCUGCCAUGGCAGCGGCAACGAAGAAUAUUGGAUUCGGGGUGACGGUGACCACGACGUAUGAGCAGCCUUAUCAUUUGGCGAGACGGCUGUCGACAGUCGAUCAUCUUACGAAGGGACGGAUUGGGUGGAACGUUGUGACCGGAUAUCUAGACUCCGCAGCCCGCAAUCUGGGCCACGCACAUCAACCACAUCACGAUGACCGCUACGCCGUCGCAGAAGAAUACAUCAAAGUCGCCUACAAACUCUGGGAAUCCUCCUGGCGUUCGGACGCCGUCGUUCUCGAUCGCGAACGCGGCAUCUUCACGGAUCCGGCCCGCGUGCGCGAAAUCAACCACGUCGGAAAGUACUUCGAAGUGCCUGGUCCUCAUCUCACCCAGCCCAGCCCCCAGCGCACUCCUGUCAUCUUGCAGGCUGGUACGUCGAAGGCCGGUAAGACGUUCGCGGCUCAGCAUGCCGAAGCGAUCUUUGUUGCCGGACACAGUCCUGCCGUUGUGGCGAAGAAUAUCGCAGAGAUUCGCGAGCUGGCGAAAACUGAGUUUGGCCGCGACGGGAAGAGUAUCAAGUUUCUGGCACUGCUUUGCCCGGUGUUGGGUAAGACCGAGGAAGAAGCGCAGGAGAAAUUCAAAUAUUUCAGGAGUUUGGGGUCGAUCGAUGGCGCGUUAGCCUUGUUCGGUGGCUGGACCGGAAUCAACCUCGAUACGUACGGGGACGAUGAGGAGCUACGACAUGUCGAGAGUAAUGCUAUUCGAUCUGCCGUCGAAGGCUGGUCGAAAUCCACACCAGGAGUCGCGAAAUGGACCAAGUCUACUGUCGGACAACACAUCACUGUCGGAGGACUGGGCGCGACUCCCGUGGGAACGCCCCAGCAGGUAGCAGAUGAAAUGGAACGAUGGGUCCAAGAGGCCGACGUUGAUGGAUUCAACCUGGCAUAUGCGGUCAAGCCCGGCUCUUUCAAAGAUAUCAUCGACCUUCUCAUUCCCGAACUUCGCCAAAGAGGUCUCUUCUGGGACGACUACGCCGUCGAUAAAGGUACUUAUCGCGAGAAUCUUUACGCGACCGCUGGGCAGAGUGGACCGCCUGCAGAUCAUCCUGCUGCCAAGUAUCGUUGGAAUGCUGGAGUGGAGGCUGCGGAUCAUAAAAUUCCUGAGAACUAG